UUAAAAAAAUUAAUAUCUAAUGAUUGCAUUUUAGGUUUUAGAUAAUGCAGAACUUUUUAUGAAGAAUAACUUUUUCCUAAAUCCAAUAAUAACAGUUUCCCAUAUGAGUCCAACACUGUAUACAAAAUUUGUCAUAAAAAUACUUAUUUUAAUUCAGAAUUUGAGAACUGAAUAUAAAUUUUCUAAGAAUUAAUGACGAGUGUUGCUUAAUUCGUCCAUUCUUUAUCAGAAGAUAUCAAAUUUGAUGAAGUACUUUAUUUGAAGUAAAAGGAAAAUAAAAUAUUCCAUCUACACCUCCUACUUUUGCGCAAUUUAUUAUCAGUAAUUAACAAAGGAGGAUUUGUGUAAUUAUUCUGAUUAACAUUGGAUAAUAAUGGACAUUGGACUUUAAUGUCGCUAAUUAAUCACCAGUUUUGUCUGUUUAUUAUGGAUAUGGAUUCAUUAAACUCAACUUGGUCGGUGGUCAAAUUCCCUAAAGAAAAUUCGGUGUGCGUUGUACCUACAUCGUGGAUACAUAAGGACAAAUGUUAUUGGCCCCCUUAUAACGAUAAGUUGACCAGGACUGCAAUUGAAAAGCAUGAAUCAUUUAACGCCCAAACAUGGCUCGAGUUUCCGUGUGAACCUUUUAGGAAUGCCACAUAUGAUACAUUCAAAGAAGCAAAUCGAAAGUCACAGAUUGCUAUGACAACUUCAGAUUUAGAGUCAAGUGCUGAAGCUGGUGCUACCACUGUUUCAUCGCGAAAACGGAAGAUAUUCAGAAAAACCUUUAGUUUUUCGUCUAUUGACGAGGAAAAUGAAGAGUCAGUAUUACCGGAACCACCAAAACUGACAAUAAGAGAAACGUUUGAAAGACGCGCAGAUGAACCUCAACACAGUAGUUGCAGUGCGGCAUCAAUAGAUGUGGAGUGUGAGGAACUAAUUUUACCUGAAUUACAUACACCGAACAAAAGAAAAGAAAACUCUCAGACAAGAGAUGAUACAAUGGUAGAAACUACAAUGCAAGGUCAAAGUAGUAAAGCAAUAUCAAGGAAAGGUGACGGCCAUGGUCAGGAUGAAACUCAAACAAUUAAAUAUCUCCAGCAAAUCAUUAAAAAACAAAAUAUAUUGCAAUCCAUCCUUAUGGAUAUUAGUAAUAGAAUAACAAAUUUGGAAUCACAGAAUAGUACCCAAACUCAAGAGAACGUUGAUGAUAAUGCAGAAUCCUUUUUUGUGAUUAUGACAAAUCUACCAAUAGAUUCGCAGGAGCAUUUAAAUGAUUUGGAAAUGUACUUAAGUACACCAGAACAUAUGGAGAGCGCCGUUAAAGAAGUGUCUCAUAUUGGUGGGAAGGACACGUAUGAUUUCGUUUUUCGUGCAACACAGAAGCUCAUUACAAACAAUUUCUGUGGUACUACAUUUAGCUUUUUGGGAAGGCGCAAAAAGGAACCUUUUACUAAACUCAAAUUGAAUGAACUUCUAAUAAAAUCAUCAAUGCACUUGUUCCCUUCUGCAACAUUGAAGGAUGUAGAAGGCAGUAUUACGAAAUGGUUAAGACGGUGCUUGGAAAGAUCCAAGAAAUAAAUACCUUUUAGUUUCAUAUACUUAUGUAGCGCUGUG